CGCUUCCCCCUCUCUCAGUAACUCUCAGUGCGCGCUCGUGUUCAGACCGGUCUCCGGUAAGCUCGUGCACCACGCCUCGGAGAUGAAGCAUAAGGAGCAGGAUCAGGAGCUGAAGCAGGAGCUGGAGGAGAGCUCGGAGGAGGACCUACGCAGUGUUAAAGUUCUCACCGAGAAGCUCCAGCUCCAGACCCGGAGACCCUCUUACCUGCAGUGGCAGGAGCGCGUGCGCAGCGCACCGUGGAGCGGCGAGGGCGCGCGCACACAGACCGAGACCGGGCAGCGCGAGGACAACGGCGGCGGCGCGCCGACCAACAUCUGCGGCUUCAGCACCAUGGAUGAUGCUCUGGAGUUCAUCCGAACCGAGCUGAGGGAGAUGCGGUUGCAGGACCAGCGCUUGGCGCGGCAGUUGAUGCGCCUGCGCGUGGAGCUGCACCGGCUGAAGGUGGAGCGGGUAUGUGACGGGCACCGAGAGAUGCUGGACGACGCCGCGCUGGAGCUGGAGGAGUGCGACGAGGAGUGCGACCUGCUGUGUGACGUCCCGCUGAAGGCGGCCUUCACCCUGUCCACACCGCUCAAACACCUCGGACUGACCAAGAUGAACAUCAACGCCCGGCGCUUCUCUCUCUGCUGAACAUCGCCACAGGAUCAAGACAGAUCCUGAACCUGACCCAUCAUGGUCAUCCUGUCCAGAAGAUCUGACGGUCUGUAGCUUGGCUAAUUUGGAACCUAAACGACUUCUAGUUUUGAUCUGCAAAGCUUCAGUGAUCAAGAGGUCUUCAACGUCAAAUUUAUUUGUAUAGCGCUUUUUACUAUAGACAUAGUCUCAAACAAACUGUACAGAAUCCAAGACCGACAGACCAAAAACCCCUGUUGAGCAAACCAGGGGCGACAGUGGCAGGCAAAACCCCCUUAAAAUUACAGGAAGGAACCUUGAGAGGAAGUCAUUAUUCGUCAUUAUUCAGUCCCGUCUGUUAUAAAGUCCGAAGUGAGAUCUGGACAUUUUCGUGCAGAGACGCCAGGUUUCCGUCACAUCUAGCAGGAGCAGCAUUGUUGGCACUGCAGUCUCGACUUGUAGUCUUUAACCUUGGGUGGCUAAGCGGGCAUCACAGGCUUUCACAGGAUGUCAGCGCCCACCUCACCCACCGUCAUCAAACCAGAGUGAUCAGACAAGAGAGACAGAACGACAGCAACCCGACAUCCCUGAUCAUCACAAGUUUCUAUCACCUAGAACCCCCAAGCUCUGCCCCUUUGUCUAUAUUCGGGGUGGGCAGCUCCGGUCCCAGGGGUCAGAGACCAGGCGCAGCCAGAAGCCAACACGUAACGGCCCAAUGCUGGAAAUAUAAAUUUAAAUAUAAAUUAUUGGCUCGUCCGAGGAUUGGAUUCCUCAUAACUGCUGCAAUUACACCCCCUGCUGGCUGACCGAUGGCACUGCACAGAGACGGGGGAUAAUGGAGAUCGGUGCAUGACUCUGUAUACCGUACAUGAACCCCGCCAAUAUACAUUGUAAAAAAAAGACCGUCAAUUAUGAUACAGCUGUACCUUAAAACUCGACCUCAGUCGGUUCUGGGAGUGGCGUCGAGUUUUUAUUUUUUCCCAUAAGGAUGUUUGGGGAACCUGUUAAUGCGUCCAUGGUCCCGUGGAGCUGCAGAUAUUUUAGUCUCAUGUAAAAUAAUGAGGUUGUUUUUAACACUUAAACACUGAAAAUAACACAAAUAGAAUAUAAACACUGAAAUACAAUAAAAGCUGCACUUUAUUUUUACUUCUUUAUUGUUUCCUGACGCUUCUUAAUGGUGGAGAUGCUUGAUGUUGGAAUACCGUAUUCCCUUCAGCACCAGCGCAUUCACAUGAAAAGUGACAAAACCACUUGAGCGCUGACGGUUCUCGAAACUUAGCGUGACUUAUUAUAGUAAAACAGCGAGUGAGGAAUGUGAUUAGUGAAGGAACUUAUGAGCAGUAAUAAUGAAGAGAAGUUUAGUUCUCCUGUCUCCUUCUUUUACUACAUUAAACCACGUUAAGCUUUAUUUUGAAGCAGAAGCGUUUUAGACUCUGGGAGAAGCUGAUUCUGAUUCUCACCAUUUCUCAGAAGCUGGAGCUGUAACACAAGUUUAAAAGUGAAACAGGGAGGAAAAUCCAGAUAAACACAGAUACAUGUGGAGCUGUAACACUGGAUCUGACGCUUAUUCCACACUAAUGCAGAUUCAGCUCAGAUUCACACUUUGGUGACGGUUUACCACUCAAGCCGAGAGCUGAACAAAGCAGCGGUCACACACGCAUUGAGUUUAAGGUACAAAUUUCUCCACGAAGGGCGUCGAGUUUUAAAGAUUUUGAGUUUUCGACGUGAGGUUACAAGGUACCGCUGUAUUAUAAAUGUACAUUCAGACAAACGGGUCUGAGAUGAGAAUUACAUUUACAUUUCAGGCAUUUUUCAGUGAGGGAUAAAGGCUUUGCUCAGGGGUCCAACAGUGGCAUCCUUAUGAUUGAUUACUAGUUCAGUACCUUAACCGCGGAGCUACCGCUGCGCCGCCUGCUGAGAUAAAAUUGACGUGAAUUCUUGAUAAAUAGUUCAGAGACUUUAAAUCAAAGCCGUAAUCACAAUAUAUGAGGGUACACCCCCCCCCUUCCCGCACCAAUGUACUGAUGUUAAAAUGAUAAACACACGCGCACACACACACACACACUCCACUCAGUAGCUUUGUUUAGUUUUGGGAUGUGCCAGUGUACCAGUCAGGUAAUAUGGAAGGAAUGUAUGAGAAUGGCAGGAACCCAAAGGCAGAUUUGCACCCCUCCCCCCCCCCCCCCACACACCACCCUGCCUCCCCCCACACCACCCUGCCUCCCCCCACACCACUCUUCCUCCCCCUUUUUAAUUCAUGGCUAUGGUGUCGGUUUAAAUCCCGUCUGUGUUGAGAUUUUAUUACCGAGCCCUUGAUGGACACGUCGAACUUUAAUACUCAGAACUAAGAGUGUAAUUAGAUGUGAAUUAAAGCUUGAAUGGAAGUUCCUGCUGUGUCCCGAGCACCUUGUGUACAUCACGUAACACCCCCAACCUCAAACGGAACAAUUAAACGUCACGUGGCGCGCAGUGUCAAAAUGCUCAGACGAUUCUGGAAGGUCAGACAUGGAUUGGUCUCUCUCUCUCUCACUCUUUUGCUCUGUCGCUCGCCCAGAGGGGGCCUGUUCAGGAUUUCGGACGCCCCGUCACUCGAGGUUAAAAAUAAGCGCUGGCGAGACGGGUCAGGUAUGAGGAGAGGCGUUUCUUUAUCUGGAGGCCAAUGUCAAACCCGUACAUUAAGCUACGUUGUGUUAACCUGCCCUGCUUCAGAACGUGAGAAGGUUUUACAUUCGUGUUGUUUAGCAGACGCUAGUGUAGCGAUAACGUACAAGCAAAUGAGGGUUAAGGGCCUGGCUCAGGGGCCCAACAGUGGCAACUUCUGAUCUCUAGUCCAGGAUCUUAAUCAUGUAUGUUUUUAUUCCUACUUAUUUACGCACUUUGUCCCUGAUUGCAGUCAAGGAGGGUAUAUCGCUGCUCACGCCUCAUCUGACACCCGAUCAGACCCCUUCUUUUGCCCAUGCAUUCUGCUCAGGCGCCUCUAUCUGCUAAUCAGGGUCCUUACACAGCGUUUGAAGACCCCACAAACAUAGUUCGGUCAUCCCGCCCUAGCAGACACUGUGGGCAAGUAUUGUCUGCUGCAGGCACUGCCAAUUGUGCCCACUAGGGGUGUUCAGAAUCUCGGCGCUGGUGUGCUAGUGGAAUAUCCGCUGUGCCACCUAGAUGCCACAUAUGUUUAAUAUACAGCACUGCUGGAACAUAUUUAAUUCCAUGUUUCUAUAUUGUGGGAAAUGACGUGAGAUUAAAAGAUAUUUUCAUAUUUUUUUUGUAAAAUUUGCAGCUUUUGACACUUUAAAAGUAUAACAUUUGAUGGUAAAUGUUCUGUCUGUUGGAACUGAUGUGGAGAACGAUGUAGUUACGACCUACCCAGCCUGAAUUUAUAACGCUCUAUGACUGCACUUUAAACUCUUUAUAAAACGUAUUUUUAUAAGCAUUCAGCAUGUAGAGACGGACUCAUGUAGUCUCUGAAAGAAAUGGCUUUUAAUAUAAAACAAUAUUAAUAAAGAAAUAUUAUUCAUCUAAUAA